GGUGAAGAAGUUCAAGUAUGCAGGAAAUGUUGUGCCCAGUUUGAUGAACCUUCAGAAUUUGCCAGGCACAAGGAAUGUUGCCAACCUAACAACCAUGUAGUGGUAAUUGUAGAGAACCAAGAGGAAUCCAAUAGGAAAAAACUGCAAACCGGCAUCAAUGAGGAGUCUCCUUCCCAACCUAGCUCUCCAGAAAGUGUUGGGUCAGGAAAACAAACAAUGGUGGCUGCACAAGAUGAGAGAGAAGCAUGUUCUCAAAUGAUGGACUCUAUGAAACCAGAAAUGGACAAAAAAGGUGUGGGCCCAUCUCAACGAUUUCUCAUUCCCAAUGGAGGACUGAUAAUGGAAGGCCUCUCAGGACCAAAAGCAGGUCUAGCACCAAUGAGUCAGGAAGCUGUCCCUGGAGGACAGACUGCUGCAGCUCCCAUUAAUAUUCCAAUGAUCCUGGAAGAAUUAAGAGUUCUACAGCAGAGACAGAUACAUCAAAUGCAAAUAACAGAGCAAAUAUGCCAACAGGUACUUAUGCUUGGAUCUCUUUCCAUGACUCCAUCAAAUCCGCCAACCUCUCCACCAGAAAAAAACACUACCACAAAAUCUUUACCUAUUUUUAGCCCGAUAAAACAAUGUGAAUCUGUGCCUGAUUCAGUAAAAGCAUUCGGCAGAGAUGAAAUAUCUAAGCAGUCCUUUUUUCAUCUUUACAAUCCCAUAGGACAGUCAUUUGGAGCCAGAAGUAUUGCCAAUUUGAAAGAGAAAUACAUUGAUGGAUUCUGUGACAAAUCCGCUGCAGGGCAGGCAAUUAUUUCAAACUCUUCACCAAGCCAAUUAAUUUCACCACAUGCCGUUUUUCCACCAGGUUUACCCAAUUUGCCAACUGGAUUAUUUUUAGGGACAAGAGUACUGGAGAAUGCCCCAAGCCUUCUAAAACAGAAAAACAUUGAAUCACUACGUGCUGAAAGUCAACAAGAAAGAGCAUCAGGAAAGCACAAGUGUCGUUUCUGCGCAAAAGUUUUUGGCAGUGACAGCGCCCUCCAAAUUCACCUGCGGUCUCAUACUGGUGAAAGACCCUACAAAUGCAACAUAUGUGGAAACCGCUUUACUACUCGAGGCAAUCUGAAAGUACAUUUCCACCGGCAUAAGGAAAAAUACCCUCAUAUACAAAUGAACCCACAUCCAGUUCCUGAGCAUUUGGAUUAUGUCUUGACUAGUAAUGGACUCCCAUAUGGCAUGUCAGUACCUCCAGAGAAAGCAGAAGAGGAGACAAUAGAAAAGAAGCCAGUGAUACCCCCAAUAAUGGCUACUGAAGGCUUAAAUCUGUUUUCCAGCUCAGGUACCCAAGGACUGCCGCCAAUUAACAAACUGAUGCUAAUGAAAUCUGGAGAAGUUUCUUCUGCACUGAAAGGUCCCAUUGCUUAUCCAAAGGUAAAGUCUGAUGAAAACACACCUCCAGCGGAAAGGUCGGUUACUGGAGGAACUGAUUCCACAGGAAGGAUGCAAAUAAGCAAGUUGGUUACUUCCCUUCCUAGUUGGGCAUUACUUGCUAGUCACUUUAAGUCUGGAAGCUUCCCAUUUUCAUAUGCUGUAGAUCCAUUAGGAUACUCAGAGACCUCAAAAUUGCAACAAUUGGUAGAAAAAAUUGAUAAACAGGUAACAGCACCAAACCAGUGUGUCAUCUGCUUACGAGUAUUAAGCUGUCCCAGGGCACUUAGACUUCAUUAUAAUCAACAUGGAGGGGAAAGGCCAUUCAAAUGUAAGAUAUGUGGCCGGGCUUUCUCAACAAAGGGCAAUUUAAAAGCGCACUAUGUAGGUCAUAAAUCAAGUUUAUCUUCAAAGCUCCAAAAUUCCUGUCCAAUUUGCCAGAAAAAGUUUACUAAUGCAGUAACUCUCCAACAACAUAUACGGAUGCAUCUUGAUGGGCAGAUUCCCAAUGGAGAUGAUGCCCAUGGGGAUGGAAAUAAAACAGAAUCAAUCGAAGAGAAAAGUACACCAGACUUUUCAGAUGAAAUGAGUACGGAUGAAGACUCUUUGGAUGCUAGUGAAUCAGAAAGUGAAAAGGCAACAUUAGUAGAGUCCGAAAUAUCAAGUAUGGAUGAUGACCCUGCAGCCUCUGUUAUGAAGAAGGAGGAGAAUGACAUAUCAGCUCACAACAAUGCUGAAACUGUUGCCGAAUCAGAACAAAGCACAUCCACAGAGCCAGUUUCUGAAGAAACAAACGAAAAAAUUUGCUGUGAUCAAGUAAAUAAUGAUCUGGAAGAGAAAACUGAGGAGGUCAAAAUGGUGGAAGAAGACAUUCAGAAAUCUGAAUCUGAUAAAAGCAACAAUGAAAAGAAAGAAGACUCAGAGGCUACAAGAAAUAUAUCAGAGCAAAGUCAAAAAGAGGAUGAAAUGCACAUAUGCAGUCUCUGUUUGGAAAAACUGUCCAGCAAGCAAUCACUGGAGGACCAUAUGAAAUGCCACACCAAAGAUGGGCUGUUCCAUUGCUUAGUUUGCAAGCAGAGCUUCCUGGAGGCAUCCAUACUGACGAAGCAUAUGCUCCAAGCACACCAGGUGAGCCAAACCUUCCCUCCUCAGCCAGUCAGCAGUCCCAAACACCCAAGUGCAGAUUUGCCAACUCCAGCCCAAACAUUUCUGGUGAGCACAGUGAAGAGUGAAGUAUUAAGCCCAACCCAGACAUUGGCAUUGGUCCAGCUUCCACGGCUGACGGUGCCCUCUUCCCUGUCCCCUCCUUUGAGACGCAGCCCUAAGCAGCAUCUGUGCAUAGUAUGUAAGAAGACGUUCUCCUCGGCCAGUGCUUUGCAGAUACAUGAGAGGAUACAUACAGGAGAGAAGCCUUUUUCCUGCAGUAUGUGUGGAAGGGCGUUCACCACACGGGGGAACCUAAAGGUCCAUAUGAGUACACAUGUAUGGAAUAGCAGCUCUUCCAGAAGAGGAAGACGUCUCUCACUGGAUAAUAUUGGUCCCUUGUUCUCAGGAACCCCAGUGAAGCUACAAGACUUCCUGUCCAGAGAUAUUCCUACACAACUCGUUGGAGUUAGCCCAUUAUCAUUCUGGAAUCAAUAUACCGCAUAUCUUACAAGUGCCUCUCCUUCACCAAAUGGGGGCAUUACCUCUCCCACCACUGUCAUCGCACCCCCAGCUUUGAUUGGCUUGCGAGCGGGAAAAAUUGGUCACAUUUCUGCUGGAGGGGUAAUGGAAGUAAAAGAAAAAAAUCCAGGUGGUACAGAGGUUUUGUAUGAGAACUCAGGGAAGGAGGAGAAAUAG